AAUUGUUUGAAAAUUUUAAAUAAUAAUUAAAAUAACAUUUGCUAAGUAAACAAAUUAAAAAAAAACAAAACAAUUAAAAUUUUUAAGUGUAAAACAGCAACAAAAAUAAACUAAACCAAUAUGCCUUUAUACACCGAUUCGAAUUAUUACUAUAGUGGUGGCAGUAGCCAGCUGUAUUCACCUUAUUAUCCGGGCUCCUCCAGUGCCCCAACCACUUCAUCGAGUAUCUACAAUCCCUACUCGUCCACCUAUAAUCGUGCAAUAGCUGGUUCUUAUGUAGUGCCAAUAUCCACACCACGCACCUCUAGCUAUACUUCCACUCAUGGCCUUUCAUCGUCUCGCUAUCAACCUAAACUAUCAACUAUCACAGAAACUUCACCUUUAAUAAGUGCUGCUAGGCAUACUACUCUCAUGCCCUUAACUCGUAUUCAAUCGCCGAAAUAUACCAGCUACUCAACACCCACACCAGUACAUACCCCUAAAUAUAUACCUCCUAGACCCAUACUCAUCAAUACCGCCGAUAUAGAUGUUUCGGCAAAUAGAUAUCGCAAACGUAAAGAAGAAACUUUAAGGCAGGCUCAACGAGAAUCAGAGUACACCUCUCCUACUUCUUCUAUAAAAAGACGCAAUAGUGCUGAACGUAGAGCUCAAGAACAACAAGAGGAAGAACGAGUUCGCAACGAAAUAGCUGCCCGCCAAGCCGCAGAAAGUAAAAAAGAGGCCAGUCCCGAAAAACAUAUAAAUCGUUCGACCAUUAAGCGUAAUCGUGCUGUGGUACGCUUAUCCACCAUAAGAUCGAGAAGUAAAGAACGUAAUAAAAAUAAAAGUGAUGAUUCGUCACCGGAACCAGAGAAGAAAUUCAGAGAUCUACCCACAUACGAGCCUCCUGAAGAGAUUCCUUUGAAAUGGCGUGAAAAAUUGGCUGAUGAUUUGGCUGCCAUGCCGGUUUAUCCCAAUAAGAAGUCUCCGGGUGAUGUUUUAAGAGAGAAAUACCUAAUACAAGACUCUAAAGAUGAUGAGGACUAUGCUGCCCAGUGCAGAGCUCAGAGAAUGGCAGCUGGUCUGCCUAAAGAGACCAUAGAACAGGUUAUUGUAGAGUUAGAUCCUUUACAUCAUACAGUUAGGCGUCUGAGCAUACCUCAAUGUCCCACUUUUCAUGAUAUUUGUGAGGAUAUUUCAUCGGAUAAAAUAGAUGAUGAUCUUAAUGCUGGUGCCUUAAGGAGAAGGGCUUCCAUUAUCCAGUGUCAAGAACAGGAAUUGCUUAAUGAAUUACAAAAGUCAGCCUCUGGUACUUUUCAAAUGAUAACCAUGGAACGUCGUGGCAGUCAUGAUAGUGUGGAUGAAAUUCCUCACAAAAGACACUCGAAACGAUCUACGAAAAAAGGCAAGAAAAUAAGAACCAAGAUAACUGCCAUUGUUGAUGUGGAAAAUGCUCCUCCUUUGGGUACUAUUCUACAGGAAAGAGAAGAGGAAUUUGAUACGGCAAAAAUACCUAGACCAAAGUUUACUGUUAACGUGGAGUCCGUAGAAGAGCAUCACGAAAUUCAUAAGGUAUUCAAAUUACCCAAAAAGAAGAGCGUAAAGAGAGUGCCAAAAGUUAAGCAGCAAGAACUACCAGAGGGUUUUAUGUCUUCAUUGCCCAAACCUCAAAGUUCUCCUAAGAAAAAGUUUGUUAAGCCAACAGCAGAAAUCUUCACCUUUGAUGAGAAAGCUAUUGAGCAGGCUAGUCAGAAUAAGGCCGUUGAAAAGGUAGCUAAUACUGACGCAAAGACACCUGGUACUCCCACCAAAAUAACAGAGAAAAACGAUAUUGCCAAACCUACAAAAACCGUGGAUGGAAAAGAUGGCAAAGACUUGGCCACCAAAACAUUGCUUAAGGAAGCCACAGUUGAGGAAAAGAAAUCUUCAGCUAAAUCUUUAACAACUUCACAAUCAUUGGACGGGGGAGACAAACCAGCUUUGGCUAAAACUUUGGAAAAGUCAAACUCUAUCAAUGUUGAACUCAAGACACCAACUUCUCCUAAAACUCAAUUUAAAAAUGAGGAAACUUCACCACUUACAACAACAACCAAAAAGGAACCACCAAAACCUUUAGAAAAAUCAUCUUCCAUCAACAUUGAACUAAAGGCUCCCACAUCUCCAAAAACUCUAAUAAACAAAGACCCAACUCCACCUGCAACACCAAAGACUCCCAAAGAACUUGCAAAAUCAGAGGAGUUAAUAACACCAAAAGCUUCCAAAGAUUUUGGAAAACCAGAGCAGUUAACUGCCCUAAAAGCUUCAAAAGAACUUGCGAAAACGGAGGAGCCUACAACUCCAAAAACUACUAAAGAACUUGCAAAAUCAGUGGAAUCAAAACCAUCACCCAAAACUCUUAAAACGUCAGUAUCCGUGGAUAGUGUCACAAAAACAAAUAAGAUUUUGGAGAAAACCAACUCUAUUAACAUAGAACUUAAAUCUCCAUUAGCGACCACUAAAAAAGAGGAAGACAAGAAAGUCUUAAAAACUUCACAAUCCCUAGAUAAUGAACCAAAGCCCAAACUAGCCAAAACUUUGGAGAAAUCUAACUCAAUAAACAUAGAACUGAAAACACCCACCACACCCAAAACUCCUUUUGCAGAAACUAUCAAAGAGGAACCUACAGAAGUAAAAGUAGCCACACCCAAACCUAUUAAGAAAUCUGUAAUGAAAUCCGACAGUGGAGAAGAUUUCUGGGCACAAAUUGGUUCACGGGAGACCAUGUACAUGAAUAAACGCAAGAAAGAAAUAGUCGAGUCACAAUGGAAAAAACGAGAGGAUUUAUUGGAGAGUACCAAGGAGGAAGAUGUAAAGAAUAUACAAGAAAUUAAAACUUUAGUAACUUCACAAAAGAUAGAAGCUUUAAAGAAGGCGGAUGAGGAACAACAGAAUUCAAAGGGUUUAGUAAGCAGAUCCAAUUCCAAUGAAUCUGCAUUGAAAAAGAAAUCACCCAUUAAAGCUAAGGAAGAUAACUUUACAGAAGAGGAAAAAGGUAAAAAGAAGAUAUCGCCCCUUAAGAAAAAAUCCCCCAAGGAGGAGGAAAAUAAAGCUCCUGCAACGCCCAAGGAUUUGAAAUCUGUUGAGGCUAAAAUUAAAACAAAUGAUAAAUUGGAAAAUGCAAAGAUACCAGUGGUUACAAAAGUUUCUAAAGAAACAGCAUUAUCACCAUCAUCAUCAUCAUCGCCAACCUCAUCAUCAACUUCGCCAGUCACGAAGACUUCUACAACGACGUCGCCAAAAAUAACCGGGCAGCAAGCCAAGUCACCUGAACAACAAGAGCAAGCGGAGCAAAACAAAUUCUUCCCAACGUCCACAACAACGACAGCCAAAAACAAUAAUAACAAAAAUGAAAUAGACAUUAAUAAAAAACCAACAACAGCAACAAAUGAAAAACAACUGUUGGCAAAAACAUUUACUUUGCCCACGGAAAACACAAAUACAAAACUUACUUCGACUACGUCAGCAGCCAGCAGCGUAGCAGAGGCAACAACCACAAAACAACCGGAAACAAAAGAAAAUAAAAAAAACACAACUACAGCAACAGCAGAGGCGAAUAACGCCGUCACCAAACCAAAAACCACUGACACAGACAACAAAUCCGUAUUAGCCGGCAAAAAACAAGCAGCUGAUAAGAAAUCACCCAACAAAACAAAAGCCACGACAUCACCCAGCAGCACCAUUAAUGCUGAUCAAUUCAUAGCCAAGGCACCAGCCAAAACAACUACAUCACCGGUCAAAAAACCUAAAACAACAGUAGUAUCACCAACCAAGACGUCAUCAGAUAAUGCACCCACUAAAAAUACGCCUGAUAAGAACAAAACUACAACUACGACGACCUCUACAAACCAAACAAAUACCGUCGCAGUAUCGGCACCAGCUACAACCACAACCAUUAAGACAACAACGAAAACUGAUGACAACCAACAAAUUUGCAACAAAAUCAAAGACAACAAAAACAAUGAAAACGAUGAUAACAACAACAACGAUAAAGAGAGCAGCAGCACAUGCGGCAGCAAUUUAUCAAAGUUCGCAACAGUAUCGAAUUUGGCACAGUGUUUACACGACGUUGACGCCGAUCUAGCUGACUAUUUGCCAUCGUCCGCGGAAAUCAGUGAGAACGAAGAAGAUUAUAAAACAGACGAUAGUGAUUUUGAUUAUUCCAGUAUAGACGGUUGGGAAAAAUUAACGCCCAGCAUGAAGAAAAAAGUGAAACAACGUCGUCGCAAAGAAAAACAAGCCGAACAGGCACGUUUCGAUCCACAAAAGAAAGUUAAAAUCGAUACAACGCGUAAAUUAUACGUUAAAGAAGAAGCACCGCGUUAUCCUUUAGUCGCGACACCGCGUCCUCUAUGGAAAAAAGAAAAAAUCAUCUAUCCCGAUGAAGAUUCGGAAGAUGAAAGUGAUAGUGAAGAAAGUGGCUCCACCGAGGAGACCGAAGAUAGUGAUGAAUGUACCACCUCCGAAGAGUAUGAGGAUGAAUUGAAUCCCUCUUCCUCUGGUGGCGGAGGUGUAAAAAGUGGUAGUGGUGAUAAUACAGAUCCAAAUAAAGAAAAUUCUUCUAUAAUACGCAUGAGUACCUGUAGCAAUGAUUCUGGUUUUGAGGGUGGUACAGCACCUUCAAGUCCUAAAAAAAUGUUAGAAACUUCAUACACAUAUUCACAAUUCCAAAAAUCCGGACGUUUUACACCGCCAGCAACAAUAAUACCUAGAUUUAAGAAUUAUACAGUAGAUGAUUUUCAUUUCCUAGCUGUGCUAGGCAAGGGAAGUUUUGGCAAAGUACUUUUAGCUGAAUUACGUGAUACAACUUAUUAUUAUGCCGUUAAAUGUUUGAAAAAAGAUGUUGUACUCGAAGACGAUGAUGUCGAUUCAACACUAAUAGAACGUAAAGUUUUGGCCUUGGGUACAAAGCAUCCGUAUUUGUGUCACCUGUUCUGUACAUUUCAAACGGAGAGCCACUUGUUCUUUGUUAUGGAAUACCUCAAUGGCGGUGAUUUAAUGUUCCACAUACAAGAAAGCGGUCGUUUUACCGAAGAAAGAGCCCGAUUCUAUGGUGCAGAAAUAGUAUCGGGUCUGAAAUUUUUACAUAAAAAGGGCAUUAUAUACAGAGAUCUCAAAUUGGAUAAUGUUUUAUUAGACUAUGAGGGUCAUGUGCGUAUAGCUGAUUUUGGUAUGUGUAAAUUACAAAUCUAUUUGGAUAAAACAGCGGAUAGUUUUUGUGGUACACCCGAUUAUAUGGCGCCUGAAAUUAUUAAGGGCGAUAAAUAUAAUCAAAAUGUUGAUUGGUGGUCUUUUGGUGUUUUAUUAUAUGAAAUGCUUAUUGGUCAAUCACCCUUUAGUGGUUGUGAUGAAGAUGAACUAUUUUGGUCUAUAUGCAAUGAAUUGCCCUGGUUCCCAGUUUAUAUAUCGGCAGAGGCCACGAGUAUAUUAAAAGGACUUUUGGAAAAAGAUUAUACAAAACGUAUUGGAUCUCAAUAUAGUCCUGCUGGCGAUAUUGUUGAGCAUAUAUUCUUUAGACCCAUUGACUGGAAUCUAUUAGAGAAACGGCAAAUUGAACCACCAUUUAGACCACAAGUGAAACAUCCAUUGGAUACACAAUAUUUUGAUCGAGUGUUCACCCGAGAACGUGUACGUUUAACACCCAUAGAUAAGGAUAUUUUACAAUCUAUGGAUCAGAAACAGUUCCUAGGUUUUACUUAUACAAAUCCUCAUAUAACAUUGGAUUAAGCAUGGCCCUAUAUAACACCCAUUUAGAGAAUAACAACGAUAAACCUCGUCUUACUUUUCGACAACAUUUUUUUCAAUGGAAAACAAAAAUUGUAUUUUAUAAAGAAUGUAAAGCCUUUUAGUAAAAGGUGACCCCCUCCCCUUCGCUUUAUUUGUUUUUUUUCUUUUCUUUUUUGUAAUUGGUAUUGAAAUUAUUUGCAAAAAAAAAGAAAAUAUUUUUGUGAUUGUUUUUUAAGGAAUUAAAUAUAUAUUUUUUUAAUUUCCUUAACAUUUUUUUCAAAUUUUUUAAAAUUUUCUAAAAUAUAUGUAACACCAUUUCCAACACUUAAAAUUCUCUAAGAAGUUUUAAAUUUAAAAUAAAAUGGUUUUGGUGUCAGAAAAUCUUAAUUUGAAAAAUUAAAAAAUUUUACUCCAAAAAUUUUUGAAAUAAACAUAUUUUUUAAAUUUUAUAAAAAUUUUAAUUUUCAACUUUUUCCCCGCUUUAAAUAUUUGUAUAAAAACCAGUAUUUUAUAACAAAUUAUUUAGAAUUUUGUAAUAGGAAUACACAAAAUAUUUUAUUUAAAUUUUAUUCACCACAACAUGCACUCACUUUAAACACGAUUUUUUAAUUUGUAUUUAAAAAAUUUUCCGUGUCUAUAUUAUUUCUUUUUUAUUUUUGCUUAGUGUAUAGUUAUAAUAAAUAAGUUAAAAUUUUAUUAUUAAGUAAAUUAUUAUAAAAAAAAUCAUAAUGUAACUUAAAUUCCCUCCCAUUUUAAGUUUAAGUAAAACGGAAUAAUUUUAAUUGCAAAUCUUUAUAAAAUUGGCUUGAAAUUAUAAAUAUAUUUACAAAUAUUUAUAAACUUAUAAACAAUAUAUAUAUAUUUUCCAAAUAUUAUGAAAUAUUAGUUUUUAAGUGAAAUAUUAUAUAAAAAUUUCAAUUAAACUUAAAUUUACAUAUUGUACUGUAAACGUUGUUAAAUAGAAAUUACUUAAAAAAAAGUCCAAAUA